CCUCGUGUCGCAGCCUCAACGGUCGCCCUUCCCGGUUCUUGCGCUUUGGUCCCUUCAAAAGUCCUCUUUCUCCCCUUGAGCAAACCCGUUCAACCUGCUAUCCCACCUUCGUUGCUCCUGUUGUGUUCUGUUCUGUCCUCAUAUGGGUGUUGAUCACCGAAUUUAAAUUACCUUAACACUUACGAACGCAGUGCCAUCGAGCCUGAGCCCUAGUGGCUAUAAUUCCAUACAGAGCAUCCCCGUUCACAACCAUUGGAUCUUUCAGCAUGACCAAUAUGGAGGGAAACAAGAACCUCAAAUUGGAGGUCACCGACUUCGGGUCCUCGACCUCUUCCAACAACCCGAACCUGCUCCCCUCUCCUGGGCGAGUCGUCGACUUCAAACCACUGGCCCUCCGAGCCCCGACACACACCUCGCUCGACAUUGAAGACUUGUUUGUCGGUCCCCGGGACAUGAACCAUCAUUCCAAAUGGCCCUUCUUCUUGCGUCUGCACGGGAGUGUGCUGCCCAAGAUGAUCCUUCCGCUGUUAUUCGUCGCAGGCUGGGCGACGUUGUUCACCUGCAUCAACAAAUUCGUCUACGAGCUGGUCUUCAACUCGGUCCUCCUCACCAUCACCGGUUUCGUGGUCAGUUUGGCGUUGUCGUUCCGGUCGACGACGGCGUAUGAAAGGUACAGCGAGGGACGGAAAUACUGGGCACAGUUGAUCGUGACGUCGAGGAACCUGGCUAGAAUCGUCUGGAUACACACCAAAGAACGGCAGGGCUCGGACGAGGGACAAGAGAAGGCGGACCUGCUCGGUAAACUGACAGCCCUGAACCUCAUCAAUGCCUUUGCCGUGGCACUGAAGCACCGACUCCGGUUCGAGCCGUCCACCGACUACCCGGACCUGCAGCCGCUGAUCGGAAAUCUGCACACUCUCGCCAGCGAGGCCGACCAGAGCAAGCUGCAGCCCAAGAAAGUGGGCUCGUGGAAGGCGGCGGGCGAGUACCUGGGGGUGACGUUUGCCGAGUCGAACCCGCGCAAGCUGAUCAAGCGGUCGCGGGACAACCUGGGCAACCUGCCGCUCGAGAUCCUCAACUUCCUGGGCGCGUACCUGGACGAGGUGUGCAGCAACGGGCAGCUGACUCUGCCCAUCCACCAGGCCAACGCGAUGAACAGCAUCAUGCAGCUCGCCGACAUCCUGACGGGCACGGAGAGAGUGCUGAACACGCCGGUGCCCAUCGCGUACUCUAUCUCCAUCUCGCAGAUCACCUGGGUGUACAUCCUGACGCUGCCGUUCCAGAUCUACAGCACGCUGGGGUGGGUGACCAUCUUCGGCGUGGUGCUGGCCGCGUACAUCAUCCUGGGUCUCGCGGCCAUCGGGUACGAGAUCGAGAAUCCCUUCGGCGUGGACGUCAACGACCUGCCGCUGGACGCGUACUGCCGCGAGCUGGCGUCCGACAUCGACGUGCUCACCAGCAUGCCCGCGCCGACGACCGCCAACUUCAUCGCCACGGCGCGCAACAAGGUCCUCUUUCCGCUGAGCAUGAGCGACUACGACCUGUGGCACGACCGCUCCGUGGCGGAGAUCCGGGGCGCCCUGCGAGCCAAGGCCACGACGGCGGCGACGUCGGUGGACUUUGAGCGCGCAAAGGCCCAGGUUGAGAGCACGAACGACUCGAUGGACACGCGGGCGAGCCCUGAGGAGAGCAAGAACCGGGACAUCAUGGCGGCCGACGCAGUGUAACGGCGAGCCGACCAUCGUUAUGAGAAUGGGAAGCUGAAGCUGGCAGCGGGCGAAAUUGUCAUGCAAAAGAUUGAUUAUCGUUUGGGCGUCGUGUUUUUUUCUGCUGCAUAUUAGCGAGGGUCUGGCUCGAAGCAACAAAAGCAAUUGUCACAUACAACCACCAACAACACUGAGAUGGCGAGUUUGAAAAUAGAGCGGGAUUGGCUGGGCACCGGGAACAGCGGGAAUGUCUUUUCUAUUUUGUCUUGUAAUGGAUGGGGUGGAUAGAUGGACUGUGUAUCUGAACACUCUUUCUACCCUCUUUUCCUCCCUUUUGACGGUGCCUGUCCGUGUCAAGCAAUCACCAAGCAUCCGACCGCUCGCUCGUUCUCUUCCUCCAGAUUCCGCAUCUUUUCAGUUCGUGGUCCACCGAUCCGCCUUGUAUCUUGUCUCGUCAGUUGGCCCCUUCGCCUUAUAUCCUCACUCUCCCUCAUCAUCAAACCUUUUUUAAGCGUCCUUGCUCUUCGCGCCCAGCUGGCGGGGCAUCUCGCCCUUCUCGGCCAUGUCGUUGAGGACCUUCUCGGCGG